AUGAAUUGGCUAUCUAAUAUGGAGAAGAUCCUAGAAGAAGGGAUGCAGUGCCCUGACAAAAAUAUGGUUAGAAUAUUCGGCUGUAUGUUAGAAGGUGACGCCAGGAAGUGGUGGAAGGUGGAAAAGACUCGUAGGAGGCACACAUGGGAUCAGUUUAAGAUUGCCUUCACCAUAGAGUACCGCCCUCCUGCCUAUCGUGAGGGCAGAAGGCGAGAGUUUGAGGAGAUCGGCACACUUCUUACCGGUACGAGAGCAUUUCUCGCCCAAGAAAUUGACCCAGUUGUUUGUACAACAUAUUGUGAGUCUUCAUGGAGUAUCAAUCACCAUCAUAUCCGAUCGAGAUCCACGUUUUACUUCACAAUUCCUACAAAUGGUUCAGCCUCUACUAGAACCAAAGGAGGGAUCGGUUUGGUCAUCAAUGAUGUAUCAGAGCCUGGUUCAAAAGGGUCACUUCUGCUUGCUGAGUGGACUGUAAAAGAUGUUGAUUCUGAUGCCAUUGAUGCUCUUCAGGUUGAACUGAGCUGCAGCAGUGGAGUACUUGAUCUAAUCUAUGUCGUUACACUAUAUCCAGUAAGCAUGGCUACAGCACUCAUUGUGAAGAACAAAGGGAGGAAGAAUGUGACUCUUACAAAUGCUAUACUUAGCCAUUUCAGGUUCAAAAGGCGAAAUGGGGCAGCAAUCCAAGGUCUCCGAGGCUGUUCUUACUGCUCACACCCUCCUUUAUCGUCGCGUUUUGAAAUAUUAUCACCUGCUGAAGCAAUGAAAACUGAAGAUCCUGGAUUGUUUGCUUUUGGUUAUGAGCCUGAAAAGAAACCGGGUUUGUGGACUUCUCAAGAUAUGCCUUUUACCAUUCUGAACAACAAGCUCAGCAGAGUUUAUGUAGCCCCUCCUAAAGAGAGAUUGAAGGCAUUUUACAACACACCACCUUCAAAAUAUGAAACUCUUGAUCAGGGACGAGAAUUGUUCUUCAGGGUAAUAAGGAUGGGAUUUGAGGAGAUCUACUUAUCAAGCCCUGGUUCUUUCUCAGAAAAAUAUGGGAAGGAAUAUUUCAUAUGCACUGGUCCUGCUUCCAUGUUGGUACCUCUUGUUGUGAAGCCUGGUGAGGAUUGGAGAGGAGCACAAGUUAUAGAGCAUGAUAACUUCUUAAUUCAACAAAACUUCUGGUCAACGUUGGGAAUUAUAGCCUUCAAGGACCAUAUAUGCCAUACAAGUACCACUUCAUUUGAUUAUCAUCAAAACAGUAGCCAAUAAAGUAAAGCAGACUUUAUAGAGAGAUAACACCAGGCUUAAUAUUAUUCAGAUACAUUAUUCUUCACAUCUAGUUUCACUCACAGGAGUAAAAUCUGGUUGAAAAUCUAAACUAUAAUUUCACUAGAUAAAAACAUUGUUAAGCUACAAAAUUGGAUCAAGCUGAAAAACAUUGACCACUAGUUUGUAGCAUUACGCAAAAUUGGAUUUUCUUAUUUGGGUAAAUUCAAUAAACAUUUAUUCUAGUUUGGUCAGUUUACUUAACUCACCACUUGGUCUUUUAGAAAUUGCAAAUACUGAUCAUUUAUUUUA